UACGUUUAGUUAUUUUUGAUAUUCUCAUUCUACGUUAUAGACAGGAGUUAUGAAUUUAUUUCUUUGUUUUUAUUCACUAAUUAUUACAAUAUGCUACGUGGCGGCGCUGGCGCUGGAUACGCCAAUGGAAAAUUGGUUAGAUUCAGAGGUGACAGAAGACAAGUCAAGAAGAUUUAAUCCAACUAAAAAGCCAAAGACUACGAGAAGUUGGCUAUUGUCCUCAGAAGAAAAAAAACCAGAUCCAAUCGACAAUUCGGGAUCAGGGUCUAUUGAAAAGGGCGAAAUUCAGACUCUAAACAAGAAACUCGACAGGCUUCCAACCAACCAGGUAGAAGCCAGUGGUCAGAUACAGGAAGCCUCUGAAGCCGAUGUCCCAAAGGCACCAGGAAGUAGUCAAUCCUCGAUUGAAUUAAAACCGGCCAUUUUCGUUUGGACGAAAGGCAUCGUGCCGUAUUUCAUAGACCCGAAAAGCUAUGAUGAAGCAAUUACGAAACGAAUAAGAACAGCAAUGAAUUCGAUAGAAAGGGCUUCUUGUGUGAUUUUUAAGCCCUUGGAGGGAAGAGCUGCAGAGUUGAGUGGUUUCACGUGGCUAAGUAUUGAGAAUCCAACAAAAAUCAGGCGAUGCAUACAUAGAGUGUUGCACGACGGUAGUGGGAAAGCGACUAUGAUUCUCGGUUACGAAUGCAUGCAACCACGUGACAUACUGCAUGCAAUGAUGCAUGUCCUUGGCUUCCACGACGAGAUCACCCAUCCGCAGCGAGACAGCUACGUCAGAGUCAUCUGGCCUAACAUACAACCACAAUACCGGUCGCUGUUCUGGGUGAGAGGCGACUUUGAACAUAAGGAUAUGGUAGAGUACGACACCAUGAGCAUCAUGCAUUUCCAUGACCACGCCUUCAGCAGCAAUGGAGGACCUACUAUAGUACCUUUGGCACACGGCUUGAAAAUCAAGCCAUCAGACACAAACCAGUUUUCUCAGUUAGACGUCAUGAAGCUUCAACUAUCUUUCGGUCGGGAUUGCAACAAGCGUAAGGUGAGGAAAUUGUAUGAAACCUGCCAGGCUGCUUUGGGAGGAGAUGAAGACUGUACAGAUGAUAAAGGAAAGGAAGAUGGUGAUGACGAUAGAGGCGAUAAAGGAAAGGAAGAUGGUGAUGACGAUAGAGGCGAUAAAGACAAAAAAGAUGGUGAUGACGAUAGAGGCGAUAAAGACAAAAAAGAUGGUGAUGACGAUAGAGGCGAUAAAGACAAAAAAGAUGGUGAUGACGAUAGAGGCGAUAAAGACAAAAAAGAUGGUGACGAUGAUGUAGAUAACGAAGGGGGUAAAGAUGGUGAAGGGAUAAAGAAAAACCUUGCUCUUUGUAUAACGAUCGGAAACAAUAAUGUAAUAGGUUGUAUUUAA